UUCAAUCACACGCUCGGCGAAUUUCUGUUUGGUUUCCUCGCUGUCGGGAAAGAAUAGAUAGUACUAGUGAUCGUUGUAGAAGAGCACAUAGGGUCAUAAAUAACUCCAUAGCAUUCUAAAUGAAGAACGUGGCAGAGGUUUUGGUGGUUGCUGUGCUACUGUUGGUAGUCCUGUCUUGCGCGCUCCUGUGCCCACCGGAAGGGCGUGUGGCGGGAAAGGAGGACUUGCAUGCUCGGCGCCCGCGUCAUGCGGAUGGGGAGCCGGGGGCGGGGCGGCACGAGGACGGUCCUGCCGCUCCUAAGCUCAAGGAGGUUAGAGGGAGAGAGUUGCAAGAGGGUAACGGAACUGCGGACUCGGCGUGCCCGCCUUUAAACAGCCUGGAGUUGACCUUCUGCAGGACUCUCCUGACACACCUACCAGAUCCGCCAUUCCGGUGGGAUCCUUUCAGCCCUGAUCGCUGCUUCGUGGUCAUUCGCAACAUUGUGUACGGCCUAGACGGCAAGCAUUUCUAUUAUCUAGUCGUGCAAAGGUGUAGGGACUCGGAUGGUCGACGAACGAAAUAUUCGGUGUCGUGUAUGGAGGGCGACCUGACAAGCGCCGGCCAGGGCGUGGGCGCGGGCGGAGUCGGUAGCCUUGCAACGCCUCGAGUGGUGAGUCAUUGGUGGCGGGCGCAGAGCCCGAGCGGUCUGCCGCCGCAGAGCGCUGAGGUAUUCGUGCCCGGGUCGUCUAUGCCGUUUAUGGCGGAGUUGUCCGGCACGGAGAUGUCGAAGAUGGGAACGCAUCUGCUGUUGACGGCGUCCAGCCGUGGACCGUCGGAUCCGUCCUGGAUCGUCGCGCUCAACAUCAGCGAUGGAUCGCGAUCGUCCAUUCCGAUGAUGGCGGCGGAAGUUGCUGCGGGAUUGACGUUCGAUCCCGCCAAGACGACGCUGUACGUCAGCGACCAGUACGGUCCGGCCGAGAUCUUGGAGGCCCCUGUCAUAGAUCCAGAUGUACCGGGCAGCCUGUCCAUGACGACAGCCGUGGCUCUCGGGCCUCUCUCGGGCGCCAAUGUCAGCCAGCCGGAGGUUGGCCCGUAUGGUUUCAGCGCCGAUGGCAGCUGCCUCUACUUCUUCGAUAACGACUACGAAAGAUUGUGGAUGUUUAAACGCUGGACCGAGACAGUCGCACUGCUCGCGGUGGGGGUCAACGACACUGCCGUCCCUUUGAGGUCCGACGUUCUUAGAGUACCGAUGCAAGGCGGCCCGUCCGCGCUGGCGGUAACGGCAGACGGCAUGAACGUCCUCUUCACCACCUACUUCGGUGAGCUGUUUCACUUGACCAUGUCCUCGCCCUGCGGGCCUCCUCUGAAGGUGGUUGAGUUGACCGAGCAUCCCACGGAGUCGUUCUCCGCGCUGGCCAUGAACGAGAGCGAGGGCAAGCUAAUCGUCGGCACCUCCGGAGGUCACGUACUGGAAUUCACGGUGGAUCUUCCUCCAUCUCCUACCCCUUCGCCGCUUUCCGUCCAUAGCGCCACCUCCAUACCUCCAAUGUCACGAUCGUCUCAAAUUGCUCCCCCCUCUUUCUCGCAUCCGUCGAACCCUGCACCUCAUUCGACCUUGCCUCGAUCAGCUCCUCCCCCAUUCAGCAAUCGGCCCAGCCCUUCAACUCCUCCGUCGAUCCCUCGAUCGCCUCCUCCCGCUUCCAGCAAUCCGCCUACUCCUUUAACUCCGCCUUUGCCACAUGGUCUCCCCUAAUCUCUGUGGCGUGCUGAUGCCAGAGCACUUCUUGCGCAAAUGAGCGGGGAGCGCUUCGAGGCGAUGGUGACAUUGGAGGUGU